GUUGAUCACACUGACAAGAACGGGAUGACAGCGCUGCAUCGGGCCUGUCUGGGCGGCGCAUCAGAGUUGGUUUUGAGCCUCCUCGAGGCCAGACCCCAGCUCUCCCUGAGGAACAACAAGUACGGAACCCCCUUGCACUGCGGCGUAAUAAGCAGCUCGGCAGAGGUCGUUCGAGCUCUCAUUGAAGCCCGCGCCCCGCUCGACGCCACCGAUCAGUUUGGCAACACUGCGGUCCAUGUCGCCGUCAAGCUCGACAGACGCCAGAUCCUGCGCACCCUG